CCCGGGUAAAACCAAUGUCGACACUUAAAUGGUAUUUUCCUUCCUGAUGUCAUACUUCCGUCUAUAAAUCUCAGCCGGUGACGGGCAUUUUUCUUUAAAGUGCAAAUCUAACAAGGACAGCGUUUCCGUAGAAGACAAAAACCUGUGAAGGUACUUUGGACUGAUUAUAACAUUUCAUAUUCAGUAAAGAAAGUACUGAUAGCUGAAAAGAGUUGUCAAUGUACUGAGUGUACUGACAGGCGGAUAUAUAAGUAGUUUCUACACACCCACUUGUUUUCAAGAUACGUGACCUCCAGCCAGUGUCGAUGCUGACGAAACACUACCAGGAAAUACACACUGAUCAGGUGUGAGCUCCUUUCGAUGGAACUGGCACUAAGCUUUGCCCAUGUGACUGUGACGGGGGACAUAACUCCUCCUGGGUUUGAAGGAGGCUCGUGUCAGCGCCUUCAUCUUGGGUUCGUUUCGUCUCCGCUACAAUGGCUUCCUGGUGGUUUUUUACUCAGUACACUCUUUGUGUAUUCAGUCACAAGGGUUGUCUCGGAGUUGAAUACCACGACCUUAACGACAGAAGCUGCUUCCCUGGCGUCUGUCAGCAUCACAGUGAAUUCGACUACUCGCAGCACAGUCCUGUCGUCAACGAACUUCGUGACCUCAGCUCGCGCCACUGACCCGUCGCCCUUUGAACUCGUCAGCAUCCCUCUCACGACUAACGCUACUACAGUGCCCAGUACCACCAGCUCUGUAGUCACGACUGUCAUCACCACGGCUGACACCCAUGUCACCCCCACUACAGAUCUCAGUGUCACAGCGACACAAGCAGGUGCAAACACGAGCUCCAGCGCCACUGCGGCUGGAAAUUCAACAAGAACUUCAGCAGUUGUAGAGAAGAGCACAUCUUUAGGAAGCACAGCAGCCGCCGACACCACCGCCCUCGCCACCACCACCACCACCGCUACCACCACCAAAAUCGCCACCGCCACCACCACCGCUACCACCACCGCCACCACCACCACCGCCACCGCUACUACUACCACCACCGCCACCGCCACCACUACUACCACCACUACCACUGUCACCACCCCUACUACUACGUCCACUGUGGUGACGUCACCAAGUACCUCAUCACGAACAGAUCACGUGACUUCACAGUCCACUGCGGCUGUUGCGCCCACAGGAUCGAGCGAACCUGCCGUCGUCCAGACCUCAAAGACGUCACACCACGUGACAAGCCCGGGGUUCUUGGAGACGACAGUCGGUCCCGCCAGCGAUACGACCCCCGUUCCCAUCUCGCCUUCUUCCAGUGGAAGCACCUCAGGCUCAAAGACGCAGCAGUCUCUUUCUAAAGGAGAUGAGAGCAGCAAUAAAGUCAUCUUCAUCGUCGUAGGAGUUGUUGUCGGUGUGGUGUGUGUCGCCAUUGUCAUCGUCCUCAUCCUGGUGAUUAGAAGAAAAAGGUUUCCGCUGAUGUCUACAGCACAUUCGAUUGAAGAACUUGCGAUUAAUCGUUCUAGAGAUCCCUUCAGGCCCAUCUCCAUCGUCAACUUCUUCAACCGGAAGUUCUCACGCAGCGACAUAGAGAACGACUACAACGCCAUGUCGUCCGACAGGGGCGCUGCUCAGGAGAACGCCACUCCGUUCAUCAUGAACUCAUUCAAAGGAGAGCUCCCACCCGGGGGUAGCGAGCGGUCAACGUCGUUUUCUUACAGCUCCGACCCCGCGGACGGUCUGCACAACGACACAGCAAGGGAGAGAACUAUUUCGUGGAGUGAGGAGGAAGGAGAGAAGGCUGCAGGGUCAGUGUGAAGGGUCAAUCUAUUGCGCUGGGAUUCGCAAUCGUGCACAUGUGUUGGAUUCUGUGGAUGUGUCCGUACGUCUGUGGAGCCCGCCAGAGCUUCAGCAAUCAGUUGUGGCGCAUGUCUGUCGAGUUUGCCAGUCUCCAGCGAUGGCGCUUCAGAUAUUUGUCUUGCCCAAGUCUGUCAGUCGCCAGGUCUCUGUCGGUCUGUCUGUCUGACUUAUUUGUAUCUUGUUUGGACAUUUAGAUUGCUCACUCUUGUCUGACUUAUGUUCCAUUUUUUUUUUUUUUUAGUAUUUUAAAUGUUCACUCUAUCUCUCUUUGCAUGUGUGUGUGUGUGCGAGUACGUGUAUGAGACAGAGAGAAAUAUCCACUGUGUGCCUUAUGGGGGUGGGAAUAGUGACU